AUGUCUGAUGCUAAGGAAAUUCAACCUCUCGUCUUUGACAAUGGAACUGGAAUUAUCAAGGCUGGUUUUGGUGGAGAAGAUGCUCCACGGGCUGUAUUUCCAAGCAUAGUAGGCAGACCUCGAGAUACAGGUGUCAUGGUUGGUAUGGGUCAAAAAGACGCAUAUGUUGGUGAUGAAGCUCAUUCAAAAAGAGGUCUCCUAACCCUUAAACAUCCAAUGGAGCACGGAGCUGUCAUCGAUUGGGAUGAUAUGGAAAAGCUUUGGCAUCACACAUUCUACAACAAACUUCGUGUUUCUCCUGAAGAACACAAAGUUCUACUUACAGAAGCACCGCUCAACCCAAACACCAACAGGGAGAAGAUGACACAAAUUAUGUUCGAGACUUUCCAUGUACCCGCAAUGUCUGUUGCAAUUCAGUCAACUAUUUACAUGACAUGUAUUUUUUUUGACAAAGGUAUUGCCUUGGAUUCGGGCGAUGGCGUGAGCCACGCAUUACCCAUUUACGAAGGCUAUCUUCUCCAAGAUGCAAUCUUCAGGAUGAACCUGGCCGGUGAUGAUUUAACAGGUUCAAUGAUGAACAUGCUUUCGGAAAGAUUAGUGUACCCAUUCGCCACAAAUAAUAAUAAUGCAGAACGAGACAUAGCGCGCGACAUGAAAGAAAAGCUUGCAUACGUGGCCCUGGAUUACGAGCAAGAGAUGGAGAAGACAGCCGAUGUCAGCAGCAGCUCUUACGAGCUUCCCGACGGGCAGGUGAUCAAAAUAGGAACAGAGAGGUUUGAAUGCCCGGAAAUUCUCUUCCGUCCGUCCUUGAUUGGGAUAGAAUCACCUGGAAUUCAUGAAGCAAUUUACAAUUCAAUUAUGAAGUGUGAUUCGGACAUUAGAAAGGAUUUGUAUGAAAAUAUCGUUCUUUGUGGCGGCUCGACCAUGUUUCCUGGAUUUGUGGAAAGGCUGAGUAAGGAAUUAACUCUUCUUGUUCCCGGUUGUAUAAAGAUUAAAGUGGUCGCUUCACCGGAGAGAAAAUAUAGCGUUUGGCUUGGUGGAUCAAUCUUGGCCUCUCUCAGUUCAUUUCAACAGAUGUGGAUUACUAAGCAGCAGUACGAUGAAUUCGGUUCUUCUAUUGUUCAUAGAAGAUGCUUUUAAGCUCAUUCAAGAUUUCAAGUUAUGAUGGCAUCUCCUCUGUCUGUUUGUUUGUAUUCUGUACUUGCAUUCUUGUGUUAUUUUUAUACUUCAAGCUUGCUUAUUAUAAAUAAUGAGAAUUUGA